GAUGAAUUUGUGGAAUUUCAUCGUCACUGCUUCAGUUCUAAUAGGAAUUUCUCAAGAAAGAACAAUUUCAUACCAAGAAAUAAUUUCUUUGAAUGCUCAAUGCGGCCCUAUUGAUACUUGCAACACUACUAAUGAAAACCUUGAAGUACCAGCAAGAAGUUGUCAAUGCGACGAUUCUUGUGCAUUUUAUGGAGAUUGUUGCAUAGAUGCUCCAAAUCGACAAGCUAUGGAAAGAACGGAGACUAGAAAUAUUUGCUUGAAGAAAAAUAACUUUCAAGGUUAUUUUGCAGUUUCUAACUGUAAAAAAAAUUGGAGAGAUUUGGAAACAAAAAGAAAAUGUGAAAAUCUAAAUGAUGAAGAUCCUUACACAUUGAUACCAGUUGCGAGUAAACGAAGUAAAAUAACAUACAGAAACCGUUACUGCGCUAACUGCAAUGAAGAUAAACGAGAUUUAGAAUUUUGGAAAAUUGGUGUAACGUGCCAGCAAUUGGGUGCAAACUUAAGUUACGAUUUUCCGAAUUAUCUCGUGUACAAUUCUUAUUUGAAAACGUGGGGUGUGCUCUUGCCGAAUCAAACAUUUUUAAGAUGUAAAUUGGUACCCGUUCCUCCCGAAAACACCGAGAACUUAAGAUCUUGUUACUCGGAUACGAUAUCGACUUGUUCUACUAAUUGGAAAGACGAUUCUAUUAAAGAAAAGUGUGAGUCCUAUACGGCCAUUAUUUUGGCACGCCACAGAAUUAAGUACAGAAAUGUACAUUGCGCGGUUUGCAAUGGAGUCAACGUCACGGAUUUGAAUUGUCCAUAUCUUUCUAGUAGAGAAUUAUACCGUACCUUUGUUGAAAUUGCAGGAACACCAAAUAUCGUUUGCCUUUUUAGUGUGGGUAAUUGCAUUUGUGAAAAUAAAGUUUACGAUGCAGCUUUCAGAAAAUGUCGUGAGCUCACAUGUGGUUUGCCUUUUCUUGAACUUAAAAAUGGUAAGUGUGUUCACAAAUCAUAAAAAAUAUCAUAUCAGUGCUAAUGAAAUGUAUUUUAAAUUGUAAUAUUUUCAUUUUAAUAAAAUGA